AUGAGGAGAAUGAUGGUGGACAUUCCAAUUCCUCCAAAAUGGAAACAAUUAUGGAAUACAUGGGAUCUCCGAGGGUUCAUCAUCUUGAGUCUCUCGUUACAGACAUUUCUGAUUCUCGUUGCUCCUUUGAGAAAACGAACAAAAAGCAAUUGGAUAAUAAUGCCAUUAUGGUCGGCAUACUUGCUAGCUGAUUGGGCGGCAAACUUUGCUGUUGGGCUCAUCUCGAACAGUCAAGGGAACCCUGAUGAAAGCCAAGGAAAAAAAGGAGCAAGACUGGCUGUGGAAAACGAAGACCUCCUUGCAUUCUGGGCGCCGUUUCUUUUGGUGCAUCUUGGUGGUCCUGACACCAUUACAGCUUUUGCAUUAGAAGACAAUGAGUUAUGGCUCCGACAUCUUCUUGGUCUUGUUUUCCAGUGCAUAGCUGCAGUUUAUGUGUUUGUUCAGUCACUACCACAAAAUCGGCUAUGGAUUCCCACAAUGUUGAUGUUCUUGACAGGAAUUAUCAAAUAUGCGGAAAGAACACGUUCUCUUUAUCUUGCUAGUGCCGAUAGAUUCAAAAGUUCCAUGCUUACAAAAGCUGAUCCUGGGCCGAACUAUGCAAAACUCAUGGAAGAAUACUUUUCAAAGAAGAAGGCUAAACUACCAACAAGAAUCCAAAUGGUUCCAGAGCCAGAUCGAGCAGCUAAAUCAGCAAACAAGGCUAAAAAAGGGAAUUUAACAGCGCUGGAGAAGGUGCAAUAUGCAUAUCAGUUCUUUGAAACGUUUAAAGGGCUUGUUGUUGAUAUGAUUUUCAGUCGAAAGGAACGGAAUCAGAGUCGGGAUUUCUUCCUUAAUCGAACUGCCAAUGAUGCUUUCAAAGUAGUUGAGAUUGAGUUAAACUUCAUCUAUGAGGUUCUCUUCACUAAGCUCCCGGUGGUGUUUGGUUUGACGGGAGCCAUCAGCCGGUUUUUUUCAUUGGCAACGAUUUGUUCAGCAAUUGUUUUAUUUUUAUUCAAAAACAAAACAAAUUUUACAAAAGUUGAUAUCAUGAUUACUUAUGGUUUGCUCUUUGGUGCAUUGGUUUUGGAUUUCACCGCUCUAUUCAUGCUCGUGUUUUCAGACUGGACAAUCAUUACUUUGCAAAAGUCGCCAGAUGUUGAGCUUGACAAAAAGUCUCGCAAGACUCGAAUCAUCAGUAAAUUUCUCAAACUCAUGACCGAAGGCACUCUUUGGGACACAAAAGAUCAUGCCCAAUCAACAAAAAGUGAAUCACAAAGUGGCAAAUGGAAGAUUAAGUUUUUAAGAAGAAGGUGGUCAAAAUCCAUUUCAACUUACAACCUUAUCUAUUACUGCCUCCACCCACGUCCAAGCUUACAAAAUUUUGUUUAUGAAACCCUGGGGAUUAGUGAGUUUAUGGAUGAGAUCAAGUAUGUCAAAUUCGAAAGCUUCACCGCAAAACUCAAAGAUUUCAUAUUCGAGGAAAUAAAAGCAAAAUCAGAACUCGCAGAUGACUUGGAAACUGCCAAGGAGAUAAGUUCAGCACGUGGCGAUUGGGUGAUCCGUGUGGAAGAAGGUUGGGGUGCCUUACUUAGAUAUGUUAUAGAUGUUGACUAUGAUCAAAGUCUCAUUCUUUGGCACAUCGCCACCGAGUUAUGCUACAACAAAGAACUUAAAACGGGAACCAAAGAUGACAAAAAUGAUAAUCUUCGCGAUAUUGCAAAAGUAUUAUCAGAUUACAUGUUGUAUCUUCUUAUCAUGCAACCAAGUAUGAUGUCAGCAGUAGCAGGUAUUGGACAAAUACGUUUCAGAGAUACUUGUGCCGAGGCCGAAAGGCUUUUCGAAAGUGGAAAAGGUGGUGAAGUAAAAGUUGAGCAACACCAAACUCAAACACCUACGGAUACUAAAUUUGAUCGGGAUCAGAUAAACGCUUGCAUGAAGAUUCUUGAAGUAACGACGGAAGUGCGUCCAGUCACGGUAAAGGGUGACCGAAGCAAAUCUUUGCUAUUUGAUAGUUGCAUUUUGGCCAAAGAGUUGAUGGAGAUAGAGGCGAAGGACCCGGAUAAGAAUAAUAAAUGGUUGAUUAUAAGCAAGGUAUGGGUGGAGUUGUUGUGUUAUGGUGCAAGUCAUUCACGAGCCAAUACUCAAGCAGCACAAGUCAGUAAAGGUGGUGAGCUCAUUACCAUUGUUUGGUUGUUGAUGGCUCAUUUUGGUUUGGGUGAUCAAUUCCAAAUUGAUGAAGGCCAAGCAAGAGCAAAACUUAUUGUUGGCAAGUAG